AACAGCCUCCUCUGCUAGUCGGACAUAUUUUUAAGUUACACCUUUCAAAAUGACGGCAAAAUCAGCGCCAACAUGUAAAAUAUUUUCAUUUCAGGAUUACAGAGCAACACCGGACCCGAUUUUCGAAGUUAAUCCAGCUUGUUUACAGCCAUGUGCAGUACCUAUAGUCAUAGAUAACGGCUCUUUCCAAACGCGAGCCGGAUGGGCAUGCACAGCCGACGAGCUCUCCGCGCCGCUGCUCCAGUUUAAAACUGUGGCGGCGAGAAGCCGAGGUGCAGCCCGCAGCGAGACGCAGAUCGGCAACGACAUCUCCAACCUGGAGCCUUUACGGUGGCUUCUGAAGAGCCAGUUCGACCGAAAUGUGGUGGUCAACUUCGAAAUCCAAGAGCUUAUGUUCGACUACAUCUUCAUGCACUUGGGAAUUGGCACAGAGGGCAGUGUGGACCACCCCGUGGUGCUCACGGAGGCGCCAUGCAACCCCCUGCACUGCCGGCAGAUGAUGUCGGAGCUCCUGUUUGAGUGUUACAGAGUGCCGCAGGUGUCCUACGGGGUGGACGCCCUGUACAGCCUCUACCACAACCGCAUAAAACAGGGCGUGGAGCCCCCCCACACCGGGGUGGUCAUCUCCUCGGGGUACCACUGCUCACACAUCCUGCCCGUGAUCAACGGGAGGCUGGACGCGGAGAACUGUAAGCGGGUGAACGUUGGCGGGAGCCAGGCGGCCUCGUACCUGCAGCGCCUCCUGCAGCUGAAGUACCCCGGGCACCUGGCCGCCGUCACGCUCACGCGCAUGGAGGAGCUCCUGCACGAGCACAGCUACACCGCGCUGGACUACCAGGAAGAGCUGGAGAAGUGGCGCAGCGCGGAGUUCUACGAGCAGCAGGUGCACCGGCUGCAGCUGCCGUACUCGGCCAAGCUGCUGGGCGGCUCGCUGAGCGCGGAGGAGCGGCAGGAGCGGCGUGCGCAGCAGCUGCGCCGGCUGCAGGAGGUCAACGCGCGCCGCCGCGAGGAGAAGCUGCAGCAGGACCAGGAGAGGCUGGACACACUGCUGUCUGUGCAGGAGCUGUGGGAGGACGGGCAGCUGGAGCAGUUCCACCGCAGGCUGGUGGAGCUGAACAUGGACUCUGCAGAGGAGCUGCAGUCUUACAUCAGCAAGCUGAGCCUGGCUGUGGAGCAGGGACGCCAACACACACUGCACAGCGACACGGCCGACAGCAAGACUGAGAUGUCAGAGCUGGAGGAGGGCGAUGGCGUGACGGAGAUCGAACCCGAGCUCACCGAGGACAGCGCAGAGGGGGAGAAACCCUUAAACACCGUGCAGCCCGUGUUUAACAUGGCGGAGUACCACCAGCUGUUCGUGGGGACGGAGCGGCUGCGGGUUCCGGAGGUCCUGUUCCAGCCCUCGCUCAUCGGGGAGGAGCAGAUGGGCCUGAUGGAGACCCUGCAGUACGUGCUCGACAGGUACACUCCAGAGCAGCAGGAGGCGCUGGUGAGCGGCGUGUUCCUGACGGGGGGGAACAUGCAGUACCCCGGCAUGAAGGAGCGCGUGGAGAGAGAGCUGCUGGCCAUGAGGCCCUUCCAGUCUCACUUCCAGGUAUCCGUAGCGUCGCGGCCGGCCCUGGACGCGUGGUACGGGGCGCGGGACUGGGCCCUGCGGAGCGAGCCGGGGGGCGAGGGCUGGGUGUCCCGGCAGGAAUAUGAGGAGAAGGGGGGGGAGUACCUGAGCGAGCACUGGGCCUCCAACGCGUCCGUCUCCGUUAGGAUAGCCAGACCCCUGGGCCGGGCGUCCGAGCUCCUGCCCGCGGGCCCUCCCCUCGCCCCCGCCCCCGCCGCGGCCGGAGCUGCCACCGACGUAACCAUGGUUACUGUCCCGCCGCAGCCUCAGGUCCCCUCUGUGACGGGGCCGUGAUGUCAUCGCAGGUGGAUCGCACGCUUUUCUUAUUGGCGCAUUCGAAGACUGCGUGUGCACCGUACACCGCAGUGCAUCGUGGGAGAUGUGUCCACCAGUUGUGGUUUGUGAUUGGUCGAUGCAGAAACCCAAGCCUGCAGAUGGGCCCUUCAGGCUGAGUGGCACCUGGGUGUGACAGGAGAACAGACCCUGUGUUGCUAUGCAACCAGGGCUCUCAUCGGACUGCUACAGCAUUUAGACUAAGAGGUGUAAUGUAACGAAAUCUAAUGUGGACUUUGGACUCUGUGUAAAAUCCGAGUGAUUAUUUUUAUGUGUGUUUUUUUACUGUUAAUAUUAAAAAGAAACACUGUGCGUGA